CAUGCGCAUUCUGCGUCUCUCUCCGCUGCGAGUCCAACCAGAGGACCCGCCGACAGCGCACUCCAGACACGCCCCCGCAUUCAUCAAGCGGACCGCGCCCACUCUCCGCCGCAGCCGGCUGCAGGACACACCUGUGACUGACGAUGAGCAGCAUAAAAGACCAGUGGACACAGGGAUCCGGGCGGGAACUUAGUUCCAAAUGCGUACCAAUUCUCCGUCGCCCGCAAGGUGAGCUGUGCGUCUCACUCUUUUCCCUGGAUCUCCCUCUGGAUUCUGACUGCCUCCUUUGUACCUCGACUCCUCGCUCGUUUGACCUGAACCCUCUGCCUGCCCCACGGACUUCCGCGUUCUCUUUUGUCAACACUUGGGUAAAACACACUUCAGUUAAUUUACACACUUAGAGUAACACCAUACACUCUAUAGUUUUUGCCACGCUCCAUUUACUUAGUAUGUUUUCUGUUGAUUUAUUAUUACAUAUAUAUAUUAAUAAAUAUUUGGACAUACUGCCACCUGGUGUCCGUUUGCCGUCACGUCCUCCCUUAGUAAACCAUAACAGUAAGUUCCCGCCAGAAAAAUUAAAUAGUAGGACCUGACGGCACAGUAUUUUUUUUGUUGUUGUUGUUUUCAUAGCCCCCAGUGACUUUAGCUCUGUCCCAGUGACUUUUUGUUUGUUUUUUUUUGUUUUCUCGCCUUUCCUCCUUCCUUUUUGCCCCUGUCACGAUGUCUUUUUCCUCCACCAUGGACAAUUUUUAUAGCCCUCAACACUCCGUCAAGGGACUGUUUAAUUUCAAUACGGGGAGGGAUGAAUUUGCCCGGCGCCUGGCCACCCACCUCCCACCCUUAGUGACAAUUCCUCAGUCAGCUGGAGGCGUUUGGCAUCCGCGUUCGGAAGGAGGGGAUAGUGCUGGUGACUGUGCUGAUAUGGUGGCGCAUCUACACCCAGCCAGGCAAACCCCUGCCAUACCUAUACCAUCUGUUUUUCAUUUUUGUACUGGUGGCUGUGCUAAUGUGGUAGCACAGCUGCAACCAGACAGACUUCCCCCUGCCCGAGAUAUCCCACCUAUCUUCCGUUUUUCCCAGCCGCAGCCACCAGUCCCCUGGCUAGCCUCCGAGCUAGUACCUGUCCCGAAGCUAGCACCUGAGCUAGCACCAGCCCCUCGACUAGCCCCCGAGCUAGCACAAGACCCACAGCUAGUCUCCGAGCUAGCGCCAGUCCCCGAGCUAGCCUCCGAGCUAGCGCCAGUCCCCGAGCUAGCGCCAGUCCCCGAGCUAGCCCCCGAGCUAGCGUCAGUCCCCGAGCCAGCCCCCGAGCUAGCGUCAGUCCCCGAGCCAUCCCCCGAGCUAGCGUCAGUCCCCGAGCCAGCCCCCGAGCUAGCGUCAGUCCCCGAGCCAGCCCCCGAGCUAGCGUCAGUUCCCGAGCCAGCCCCAGAGCUAGCGUCAGUUCCCGAGCCAGCCCCCGAGCUAGCCCCAGUCCCCGAGCCAGCCCCCGAGCUAGCACCAGCCCCUUGGCAAGCCCCUGAGCUAGCACCUGUCCCCAGGCUAGCCUGUGAGCUAGCACCCAUACCUAGGCUGGCCCUGACCUCCGCCCCUCAGCCAGUAGCACUGGCUUCAGCUCCUCAGCCAUCUCCUCGUGUCCGGCGGGCUGCAGCACGGCGCCGCCCACCUCCUUGUGUCCGGCGGUCCUCACUACAGUGCCGUCCACCUCCUCGUGUCCGGCAGCCCGCACCAGGGCACCAUUCGCGCCCGCUUUACCGACGGCCAAGACGUCGACCGUUCUUUGGUCGUCCACUUCGCCGGCCGCAGCGGCGGUCCACCCGACGCCGCCACCAGACUUGUCCCCGAUGGCUUCUGAGACACUUGGGCUGGCGACCCACCACCAGUUCACCCCUCCACCCUCCCUUGAUUUUUGUUCCUGCUUUUGGGGGUGUUCAGAUUCUAGGACAUCUGGAAUCUGUCCAUAGGGGGGGGAUACUGUUGUGGGACAUGCGCAUUCUGCGUCUCUCUCCGCUGCGAGUCCAACCAGAGGACCCGCCGACAGCGCACUCCAGACACGCCCCCGCAUUCAUCAAGCGGACCGCGCCCACUCUCCGCCGCAGCCGGCUGCAGGACACACCUGUGACUGACGAUGAGCAGCAUAAAAGACCAGUGGACACAGGGAUCCGGGCGGGAACUUAGUUCCAAAUGCGUACCAAUUCUCCGUCGCCCGCAAGGUGAGCUGUGCGUCUCACUCUUUUCCCUGGAUCUCCCUCUGGAUUCUGACUGCCUCCUUUGUACCUCGACUCCUCGCUCGUUUGACCUGAACCCUCUGCCUGCCCCACGGACUUCCGCGUUCUCUUUUGUCAACACUUGGGUAAAACACACUUCAGUUAAUUUACACACUUAGAGUAACACCAUACACUCUAUAGUUUUUGCCACGCUCCAUUUACUUAGUAUGUUUU